CGAUUCGCAGUAAUGAGUCGGACUUAAUCACUUGCCGUCAGAUACCACUAAUAAACCGAACUGCUUUUGUCCUCUCGUUGAGUGGUUUCUUUUCCCGAAUCUUCCAUGAUUCAGCUGUCAUAUUAAAACCUGCGAGAAACUUGUCGCUCUCGUUGUAGUUGUCUGGGUCUCCACAUUACAAACGGAUUCAGAAGAUUAGCUGAAAACAAACUCUCUCGCUCACACACCCACACACACAAAGCGCGCGCGCACAAGAGCGCCGAAUCGCUCUCGCUAACAGGUGUUUCUCUCACAUGGCUCUGUUCUGUGUGCUCUGACUGACUGCAUCGUGGGAUGCUGCGAAACGGGUGUUCGGUGUCUGGAGGAACGUCUCCGUUAUUAGUCGAAAUUGCAAGGUAGUGACAUUAUCUGGAGACGGAUGCGGUAAGACCUCAAGCCAAUUGAAUGUAGAGCCGUCUAAGGACUUUAUCUCCGAAGAAAAAAUGAGCGUUGAAGAGAUGCACCGUCACCUACAUAUUUUGUGUUAAAGCCGUUUUAGUUAACUCUGUCACAAUGAUGGUCUCUGGUGUAUGAAGCCUCGGAUGUGAGCUCAGUUAAAGAUCCUCUUAAAGAAAUCGUGUUGUGGAAGAGGUGGGGAAACGGAUUUGUGUCCUCUGAAAGUUUUGGGUGUCGCACCGUCAAACUGGCCAUGGCUGCGGCGAUUGCCAGCUCCCUUAUUCGACAGAAGAGGCAGGCAAGGGAGCGAGAGAAAUCAAACGCCUGCCGCUGCGUGAGCAGUCCGAACAAAACCAAAGGAACAUGCGAGAAACCCAGUCGACUCAGUGUUUUCUCCAGAGUCAAGUUGUUUGGCUCCAAAAAGCGCAGGAGGAGACGACCAGAGCCCCAGCUGAAGGGGAUCGUAACGAAGCUGUACAGUCGACAGGGCUUUCAUUUGCAGCUCCAGGCAGAUGGAACCAUCGACGGCACUAAAGAGGAGGACAGUGGUUUCACCAUGUUCAACCUCAUCCCGGUGGGCUUGCGAGUGGUGGCCAUCCAGGGAGUUCAGACCAAACUCUAUCUGGCCAUGAACAGUGAGGGCUACCUGUAUACAUCAGAACACUUCACACCAGAGUGCAAGUUUAAGGAGUCGGUGUUUGAGAACUACUACGUGACGUACUCCUCCAUGAUCUAUAGACAACAGCAGUCGGGCAGGGGCUGGUACCUGGGCCUGAACAAGGAAGGAGAGAUCAUGAAGGGCAACCAUGUGAAAAAGAACAAGCCUGCUGCACACUUCCUCCCCAAGCCUUUGAAAGUGGCCAUGUACAGGGAACCCUCUCUGCACGACCUGACCGAGUUCUCACGUUCUGGUAGCGGCACACCCACUAAGAGCCGGAGUGCCUCCGCUGUGCUGAACGGGGGCAAAGCUGUGAGUCAGAACGAGUCGACGUAGCCCGGUUUACCCGGCCCGGCCCGCUACCUUACGCCUUCACCAAAACCUCUGAAUGCUUGUGACUUCACACAGACUUCUCUCCAAAAAGCUCUCAGCGGUUCAGGACAACAUGAAACAUAACAUAACAACCAUGCUACACUUUGCAAUCUAGAGUAACAUUUGAUUGGACUUCUUUAUAAAUAGCUUGUUUUUGUUACGUUUAGCUUGUUGUUGUUUUGUUUUCCGUUCACCACUCGUUCAUGCCUUUUCCAUAUGAAACACAACAAUUGUAGCCUUUCAUACAGCGGGACGUUUCGUUUAGUCCCUCUCAGCAGUCAAGGUUCGUGUACUAGCGUUGCAGAUCAAAUCCUGAUCAAAUAAUAUAUUUGUUAAGAGUUCAGGGCAGUAAGUGAGGGUUUAGGAAGCCACCCCUGUCCUCCAUGCUUCCUAAGUGUGAAGCGAUAGAAAAGCGCGUGUGUGUGUGUGUGUGGGGGGGGGGCUCUGCGAUCAUGUGCACUCGCUCAGAGGGCUUGCUCUCUAGCAUGGGAAUAUAAAGCCUGCGUUCUGCUCACAUGAAGAGAGAAGCUGAGCCUCUCGGAACCAAGAGGCAAUGGCUUGCUAAUUGUUUGAAUUAGCUGUGAGCUUGUCUUAUUUUUUCUUCCUCUUGUUCUUCCCACAUAUCAGUGUUUUUAGAGGUUUAAACAGCGACUGGAGAUCCAGCGCACCAAAGACAGAACUGUGAGAGUUUCCCCUCGAGCUGCCAGACCACAUCGGGGUGUGUGUGUGUAUAUAUAUAUAUAUAUAUAUAUAUAUAUAUAUAUGCAUGCAUGACAGUGAGAGUGAUUAGUGAGAGGUUUCAGUAUUCGAGGAGAUGAUGUGUGGUUCUUGAGGGCUGUUUUUUGUCACCCCUUUUGUCUCUUUUGCGUCCCGUUAUCUCUUUUCUAAGUUCCUUUAGUCUGUGUGCUUGUGUUUUUGCCUUUCCCGCCCAUGUUGACUCUCCUUUGGUCAAUGCUGGUCAGCGUUACUGGUGAUUUGUGAGACAUGGCGGGACUCCCGCCUGGACUCCGUUUUGUGUAUAAGUAACUUAUGGUGGUGACAAUUUUCUAUAUAAAUGAGCAAACAAAAAAAAUGAUACUGUGGAACUUAAGUUGGUUAAAUUUUUUAAGGUAUGUCUAAUUUGUAAAAGUGAAAAAAAAAAAAUGGGGGUGGUGGGGGGGGUACAAAAAAAUCUUGUACAGGGCAUGUACAAAUCAGGUUGCGUACAACAAGGACCCUUUUUGUGGGCUACAGUACAGUAUAUAUUCUUUCCCUCGGGCAACAUAACGUCAUACAUGCUACAAGGGGUUCUUCUCUCUUCUGUUUCCUUCUGGGUUUCUUUCUUCUACAGUAUCUGUUGCAUGGGAGACUGCAGGGAGGUGAGGAAUAGAGCUGCAUGAUGUAGGCUAUGUGUAUUAACUCCUCCCUGGAUCAUAUGUUCCAAACUACCAGGAUAAAACUGACAAACAACAUGUAUGUACUGACUGGCACUCUGCCACGUACCUUCAAGUUGUUUCUUAUUUGUUGUGUACAUACAAUGCACUGAAUAAAAUGUUUAUAUUAAGAUAUACUUUUAAAA